AUGAGGAAACUCAUGCUGCAGAUGAACAACAUUCACUCCGUUGUAACAAAGAUUGGAGAUAUACAUAUAACAAACAUUUACAAGCCUCCAAAAAUGCUUUGGCCACCACAGGUUACAGACUUGCGCCCACACCCAGCUGUCUACCUAGGAGACUUUAAUAGCCACCACCAGGAAUGGAAAUAUAGCAAAAACGACGAAAAUGGAGAUACUCUGGUGGUUUGGGCAGAGAGAAACCAACUUUUUCACGUUUUCGAUGCUAAAGCCAAGGGCACAUACAGGUCCGCUGCGUGGAAGCAGGAAUACAACCCUGAUUUGUGCUUUGUGACAAGAGACCAGUACCAUAAACCUGUACCAACUAGAAGAAAAGUGCUCGACAACUUCCCUCAUAGCCAGCACAGACCCAUUAUUUACGAAAUAGGUAUCCAAGUUCCACUAAUCACAUCUGUCCCUCGACCACGCUGGAAUUUUGGCAGAGCUAACUGGACCUCCUUUGCCAUUGAGCUUGACAAGUGCCUCCCCUGGAUUCCGCCGACGCACAAAAAUUACGAUAGGUUCAUUGGUGCCGUCAUCUCUUCUGCUAAGAAACAUGUCCCAAGGGGCUAUCGCAAAGAGUACGUUCCUGGUUGGAACGAAAAUAGCGACCGUCUCUACCAACAAUUCCUUGACAGCGGCGACGGUGAGAUAGCAGAUGAACUCCUCCACAGCCUGGACAAAGCUAGAAGGGAUAAAUGGACAAGCACAGUCGAGUCACUGGACUUCAAAAAAUCGAGCCGCAAAGCGUGGUCUCUUUUAAGAAAACUAGGAGAUGACGGCCCAACUUCAAGGGGGAAAAGCAUCAAGCAAUUCACGACUAACAUUAAGAAGCAGCUGAAGCACCUAAAACUGACCAGCCCGGAAGAAUCAACAUUCUCCUGCCCCUUUACUAUAGAAGAGGUGAACACAGCAAUCAAAGACACAAAGAGCGGCAAAGCACCUGGACUGGAUGGCGUCCACCCAGAGUUUUUGAUACACUGUGGAAAGUCGUGGCGACUUAAGCCGAAUCCGAACAAGACAGAGGUAUGCUGUUUCCACCUAAACACCAAAAUGGCUCACAGGCAGCUCCAAGUCUAUGCUGACAACCACCUGCUAACACACAACACCACCCCAAAAUAUCUGGGAGUGGCUCUAGACAGAACACUGUCUUUUAAACAACACCUCCAAAAUACAGCAGCCAAAUGA